CUUAGGGAACGGGGCCGGGCCGCGGAGCGGUGCCGGCGGCAGGUGCGGAGCUGAGGAGCGGGGCGAGAGGCGACAGACAGGAGGCCAGAGAGAGGCAGGCGGCCCCGCACGGCAGCGCGCAGCCUCCCCCGGCCGGGCAUGGCAGCGGCCCCGCCGCGCCGCUGAGCCCCCGGUGCGCCCGGUGCCCCCGGUGCCCCCGGUGCCAUGCCCCCUCAGGAGCUGCUGGACUACCCGCCCGCCCUGCGGAGACACAGCCGGCCCCGAGGCAGCGGCCCGGAGCUGGGCAUCAAGUGCGUGCUGGUCGGCGAUGGAGCCGUGGGCAAGACCAGCCUGGUGGUCAGCUACACCACCAACGGCUACCCCGACGAGUACCAGCCCACCGCCCUUGACACCUUCUCAGUGCAGGUCCUGGUGGAUGGAGCUCCAGUCCGGAUCCAGCUGUGGGACACCGCUGGCCAGGAGGACUUUGACUGUUUGCGCUCGCUUUGUUACCCAGACACCGACGUCUUCCUUGUCUGCUUCAGUGUGGUAAAUCCAAGCUCAUUCCAAAACAUUACUGAGAAAUGGAUCCCUGAGAUACGAACUCACAACCCCCGGGCCCCAGUGCUGCUAGUGGGGACACAGGCAGACUUGCGGGAUGAUGUCAAUGUCCUCAUCAGCCUGGAUCGCUACCACGUGAAGCCUGUGCCCCGGCCUCAGGCAGAAGGUCUAGCAGAUAAAAUCCGCGCUGAAGCUUACCUGGAGUGCUCAGCACUGACCCAGAAGAACCUCAAAGAAGUGUUUGACAUGGCCAUUGUCAGCGGUGUUGAACACAAAGCACGGCAAGAAAAGAAGAUGACAGCCAAAGGCAUCAAAACUCUCUCCAAGUGCCGCUGGAAGAAGUUCUUCUGCUUUGUCUGAAGCGGCUUUGGGGGGGGGGGAAAGAAACAUGAUGCCAGUAUUGCUCCGCACCUUCUUGGAGUGACUGCUCCUGUGGUCCCAGUGAGGAGGAUAUGAUAAGCUGCUGGGCUUGGAAACCUGGCUCUUGCUGGGUUGUUCUAUGAGAUGCCUGGGAAACAUGAACUGCAUUUCAUAUGUGCCAGGAUGUGGAAUUGCCCAGGCAACUCUAAGUACCUGCUGGACACGUCUGUAGUGUCCCAGACUAAUGGGAGCCUUAAUAAACCAAGACUCAGUACUGCAGAACAGGCAGGUACCUUGCAUUGUUCAAAAUGGCCAUUUUUCUGUCUGAAACUAACACGCUUUCAGAGUCCUGACAGAGCGAGUAGGGCAGGGGCAGUUAUGAGCAACUGCAGUGUGGUCAAACACAGGCUGCUGAGUUUGUAAACUUGGGUUUCCUCCCUGAUUCUGCUUGUCAAAAUAGGUAGAAGUCACUUGGCUGUGAAAAAGCAGCAUUUUUUCUUAAAGGCCCUGUACUGUGAGUGCCCUUGAGGUUUUUCCUAAAUAAAGGCCUUUAGCUGGCUGACAAAAAAAUGCACUGCAUUGCUUCUUUAAGCAAAAUGAUCUCUGAAGAGGACUCUGGGCUCCAGUGAGUGCCAGUGCUGUAGCACCAUCUGAAGAGGCAGUCAUGAGCUUGGGACCUGUUUAAAAAAUCUCUCUGUGUGUGGUGAUCUGAGAGAAAGAACAGGUGAGGAGCAGUGAUGGGUGGGUCUGUCUGCCUAGCGCAGACCGAACUGUGUCAGUGAAGGGUUUGUAACGCUGCCAAGAGGUGAAAUGUAGAUGGGGACGUAAUGCGUGUAACGAAAGAGAGAGAAAAGGUAGAAAAGGAAGGGAAUUAAAGGGAAAAAAGAGAGAUGGAAGGAAGGAAGAUGGGGAAGGAAAGAAGAAUGAACAUUGUUGAAUGACAGCUGUGAUUCUAGUUAGUUGAGAGAUUUGGGGGCUCUUCUAGGAACUGGGAAAAUCUGCUAGUGAUCUCAGUUUCACAGUAAUAGUGUCCAUACAUUAACUUUUGAAUCAAAAGGAAGGGUUUGUAGGGAGAUAGUUCCUCUUGGUCAGUAAAAUUCUCUGUUGGAGCUCUAGACCAGAGAGCAGAAUUUACCAUUGUGAAGUUGCAGAACAAGGAAUGGAGGGCUCAGGGCUUUUUUGUCUUGUGCUUUCCUUUCUUAAAAAUCACUGCUUGAUCUGCUGAAACCAAAAGCAAGGGAAACCCAUGAAGUUCCUGAUAGAGAAAGACAUUUGCCGUGUUUGCUCCAUUGCCUGCUCCCCUGUUUCUUGGGGGAUUCAUUUCCCACUGAGUCUUAUUCACACUUCAUUGCAGAACUUGCAUUGAUUUUGAAAACUUCUCCCACAGAGACAUUUCGUUCUGGCUUAUGUAGCAGAGAGUAUGACAGGUUUGGCAAGCAAUGCUUUUAAUACUCAGGGGGUUCUCUGCAUCUGGCUAUGGCCAUCACUUUGGGGACGCUCUGGAAUAAUGUGAUGUAUGGGGAUUGUUUGCCCUGCACCAAAGUCCUGCAUACUUGGGACUGUUCAAGAACAAGUAUAAGUAAUGCAGUGUGGCUCUGGAUCCAAACAAAAGCCUGCGAACAUCUCUCACAACUGUCUCUUUUUGUGACACAGCUCACGUAGUCCCCUGGAUGUGACACAAGCCUGCUGUCUCCCUGGGUGGGCAAGUCUUCUUGCAGAGGGCUAAGGCCCACAACUGCGGAGCUGCUUGUAGGGUAAGGCUCAGAGACCUGAACAGACCAGUGUGUCAAAAUGAGCUGCGAGCUGGCAGGACUCCCCCACCUAAAUGCCCUCCGGGUCCAGUGAGGGGUCCUAAGAUGGAGAGUGCGAAGGCAGUAGCUAGAGCACCACAAAUUCAGUUUGUCUGGGUCAGUCUGUUGGGUCUUUACGCAUUUCUUGAACCUGUGAGACCAUGGGCUCUGGUAUGACCUGCUAAGGACUGUGCCAACCUUUUACAGAGCAAACCCACAGGUGCAAAGAAGAGCAGCUUCCCCUCAUGCUGGGUGGAGCAAGUGUUGUCCUGCAGUAACUUGGUAUAAAACAGGGAUUCUUUCAUUCUGGAAAAGAAACUGUACUGAGAGCUGCUUUCUUCCUUUGUGAUUGUGUCAAAUAUUUGUUCAAAUAAAUUUUUUUAACGUC